AUGGAAACAUUUACAUUUCGAGAAUUAUUUGGUGGGGCAAUCACCACCCUUAUCCCUGAAAACUUUGCUGACAUCAGCGAUGUUAGAGAGGUUCCAGAUAAUCAAGAGGUAUAUGCAAAUGCAGAUACCGAUCAAAGUAUCAUCAUUGAGAUAUUGCAAUACGUUCAUUCGGGCUCAGAUGAGGAUGCAGUCAGACAUCACUUUAUGUCCGUAGCAUCCGAUAAUGAUGCAGAGGAGUACAGUAGUAUACAGGCAAUUGUUCAAUUAACUGCUCAGGAUAUUCCCAAACUUCCUCCAGAAACGCCAAAAUACUUAUUAUCCGGACAACAAUCGGUCUCAAAAUUCCAUGAGUCGGAUCCUAACUCGAGGAAUUUAGUUAACAUAUUUUUGGCAUUGAUCAGACUUCCAAGUUAUG